AUUAAAUAUAUUAUUUUUUUAUAUCAAAAUAUAUAAAUAUUAAAAUGUCGAGAGAGUCCGGUAGAAGGUCCGUGGAUAUGGUCGCCGUGAACCGAAGUUUGAGGAGAGGCAAAGCUAAAGCCACCUCCGACGGUUCGACCUCACGCGUUUCUCGAGGAAGACACUCCGUCUCUUCCUUUCCUACUAUCCCCGAUCACUUAAUCGGUGACGCUAUGACGGAUGAAGAAUUCGACCAGAUUUAUUCUGGUAGAGGGGACGCAAAUCUCCCCACUCUUGAUAGUGUAUUCGAAGAUCUUGAUGAAGCACAUCUGGAUAAUUUGGACGGGGACGAGGAGCCUACACCGCAGAGCAACGACGUCGCCGUGGAGGCAGACACAAAAGAUGGCGUAGUUUAUGGUACUUGUAAACAUUGUGGGACCGUCAUAAAAAUGGGAGUUUCCGGCGGUUAUGGGGGUCCGGAAAAACACCUAAGGUCGAGGCAUCCCGUGGAGUACGCCAAAUACGAGGCAAAAAAGAAGGGAUGCCAAGAAGUGCAAACCCAAAUUUCUCGGUUUGCUAACAGAGGGUUAUACGGCACUGUACAAGAAGAAACAGCACCACCUCCGCCCCCGAAAUCAAAAAAAGGUUUUGCCGGAAUAGUCGGUGGUCUUCUUGCAAAGAAGGGGAAGCGUGCUCAUUCUUCGACAAGUUCAAGUGGUACAACAGUAAGCUCGCACAACGAACUUGCUAUGUACCAGGGUGUGCCAUGCGACUACGAUGACGACGACGUUGAUUUUGACGUGCUCGGAUGGUGGAAGCGGAACGAACACAUGUUCCCAUGUCUCGGCAUGCUAGCAAGACAAGUGUUAUCCGUUCCGGUAUCAACCGUAGCAGUUGAACGAGAAUUCAGUGCUGGCGGCAACAUUCUAAUCGACUAUCGAAGUUGUCUUAGCGCUGAAUCUCUUGAAACACUGGUUUGCAACCAAGAUUGGCUCUUGGCAAGACGUCGAGCUCAAGAGGCUUCGUACCAACUCGAAUCGGAGCAUUACAUGAAUGCAACAACAGAUGGAAGUCCGAGUUCUGAAGAAUAAGUUAUAAUUUUUUUUAUGUUAAUGUAAAUAUGUAAUUAG